AUGUCUACCUCUAAAGCAAAACAGCCGUCUAUUCCAGCCCUCGACAAUUACCUUCCCGACGAUGAGGAUUUCUUCGACCCCUUCGCUUCGCCUACCAACUCUCCCAAUCAGAGCCCCAAGACUAAGGGCGGGGCCAAACGCAAUGAACCAGACGGAGGUCUGGGUAUAGACGAAGAGGUUUCUGUUGCGAAGCGUGCUAGAGUCCCGCGCGUCAAACUCGAUGAAACACGACUCCUCUCGGAUAAGGGAAUACCUGCUCUCCGUAAGCGGGCAGGAACACUCAAGCUCAAGGGCAAGGGGCACGAGUUCUCAGACGCGGCCCGACUUUUAUCCUUCUACCAACUCUGGCUCGACGACCUUUUCCCCAAGGCCAAAUUUCUCGAUGCCUUGGCUAUGGUAGAGAAGGCUGGCCACAAGACCACCAUGCACAAGGCACGCACAGAUUGGAUCAAUGACCUGAAGCCCAACAUGUUAGCCCCCUACAAUGACGAACAGGCCGAGAUUGGUAAUGCUCCAGCAGCGCAACCGCAGUCGUCUAGGAUAGCUCCAAUCUUCGAAAAACGGCAAACCAAGGACAUAUCUAGUGUGCCGGGAGGGGGUAGCAAUACUGUGGAUGACUUGUUCGGCGGUGAUGAUCUCGGCGAAAUCUAUGAUGCCACCCCCAAGGCUAUCAGGACUAUUGGAGAGCCAGACGAUGAUGAUAUCGAAGCUUUGAUGGCCGAGGCGGAAUCUUCGACAAGCCACCCAGCGCCUGUGGCCAGGAGUCUAUUCGGUUCUGGAAGACCGUCCAAGACUGGUACGGAGUCACAACACGCAAAUGAUUCCCCAAAUGAAGAAGACCUAGAUGCGCUCAUGGCGGAGGCAGAAAUGCACACAAUAUCCCACGGCUCAUCUGGGACUCGGAAAGAACAGGGACAGGUUGAUCUUGGGAACGAGGAUGACGACCUGGACGCGUUAAUAGCGGAGGCCGAAGGUGUGCUGAAACAGAACCCAGCGCCAUUGCAAAAGACGCAGGACAAAACGAGUAGUUUCGACGACGAAGAGGCAGCUAUGGCUGAGCUGGACUUAUGGUGA